CGAGGACGAGGCACCUGGGCGCCAUGGCUGUGGGGAGGGUGGCUCCAUCGGGCGAGGCACCAGGGCUACAUGGAGGGUGGGCCCAUCAAACAAAGGGUUUGAGCACCAGGGCUGGGGAGGGGCCCAUCAGGCAAGGUGCCUGAGUGACAUGGCUGCUGGGAGGACAGGCUGAUCAGGUCUUGCACCCAGGCCCCAGGGCUGCGGGGAGGGCGAGGCGCUUUGGCCCCAGAGGCCGGGCCAAUUGGGUGAGGCACCUGCAUGCUAGGGCUGCAGGGAGGGCAAGGCACCUGGGUGCCAAGGCUGCAGGGAGGGCAGGCCGAUCGAGUGAGGUGCCCAAUGGUAGGGCUGUAGGGGGGGCGGCAAGGCCCAUCGGGUGAGGCACCUGGGCAUCAGGGCUGUGGGUAGGGCGGGCCGACCUAAUGCAUGAGGUGAGUGAGUGAGGGGCAGGGAUGCUUAGGCAAGUGCUGUGAAGCAUCUUGGCCAGAUUCCCUGCUGCUUGGCGCGUGAGCAGUCGCUGACUUCAGUAUAAAGUGUCCAAGUGUUAUUCUUCAGUCAGGACUGAGGUGUUUCUGAGAGACCUGCUCUAGCUCAAACAGGAAUGAAUUCAGGGAAGCCCUGUGGCCCCUGUUACAUGGGAGGUCAGACUGGAUGUUCAGGAUGGUCCCUUCUGACCUCACACUCUUGGUCUCUGUGAAGGCAGGUGUGAAACGCUCUCAGAGUGGAGCAGGAGCACUCAUCUCUGGCGUGGCUGGCACUGGCCCUGCAGGGCAGCGACAAAUCAAGCUCAUUGCUUUUUGGUAUCUCCUGUGUAUGUCCACUCACUUGUGCACGCACCAGAGUCAGCGCAGUACAAAGCUCUGAACCCUCCAGCCCUUGCCUGGGGAUCUGCUGCCUUGUUUGCUGGGGCUGGCGCAGUGGUGGCCCUGCGGUGGUACAUGGCUCCUCUCGGAGGGUCCCUGUUCCUGUGUUUGCACAUGGAGGCAGGACAUUCAGAAGAAUAUCAGUUUAGGCCUGCCCUUUCCCUGGGUCUUGCUAGGGCAGUAGUGAGGAUGGAGGUUGGCCCAUCAUGGCUCUCCUCCAGCCCGUUCUCCUGUCUCACUCUCUGGUUCUGUCCCCAUCCUGCAGAAAUCAUCGAAGAGUUAAUAAAGGAGGAUGGAUUUCAGCCACAAGCCCCGCCCUUUCUCUCCAAGUCAUCUCCCAAGGGCACAGCCAAGCUGGUGCCCAGGGGCUCAAACCCAGCCGUGCCCACUGGGAUGCUGAGGCUAAUGGAGCCGACAGGACCUAGCCCACUGCAAGGCGGCUUGGCCUCCUUUGGCAGCUCCCAUCCCGCCGCGGCUCGUGUCCUGCUACCGGACUCUCAACGUCCCCUGCUCUCACAGAGCCUCAGUAGCCUGCAGCUGACACCCAGACUGGUACCCAGGGGGACGACUCCACCCCCUGCCAGCCGGCCCCACUGGGCUUCGCCCAUACGCUCACCAAAGGAGCAGUUGGAAGACAUGCUGGAGCCUCCCACGCUAGUGAUCACUGAACAGCCGAAGCAGCGGGGGAUGCGUUUUCGCUAUGAGUGCGAAGGCAGGUCAGCUGGCAGCAUCCUGGGCGAGAGCAGCACGGAGGCCAGCAAGACCCUGCCAGCCAUCGAGCUGCUGAAUUGCCAGAAGAUCCCUGAGGUGAAGGUGAUUGCGUGCCUGGUGUGGAAGGACUGGCCCUACCGCAUCCACCCUCACAGUCUUGUGGGGAAAGACUGCAACAACGGGCUCUGCGAGGUCACCCUGAGGCCCCAGGCCAACCCCAAACACAGUUUUAACAACCUUGGUAUCCAGUGUGUGAAGAAGAAGGAGAUUGAGGCAGCCAUAGAGAAGAAGCUGCAGCUGGGGAUCGAUCCAUUUAAAGCUGGCUCCCUGAAGAAUCACCAAGAGGUGGACAUGAACGUGGUGAGGAUCUGCUUCCAGGCCUCGUACCAGGAGCCCUCAGGACAGAUCCGGCACUUCAGCCCCGUCCUCUCCGAACCCAUCUUUGACAAGAAAUCCACAAACACAUCAGAGCUGAGGAUCUGUCGGAUGAACAAGGAGUGCGGGCCCUGCACGGGCGGGGAGGAGCUCUACCUGCUCUGUGACAAAGUCCAGAAAGAGGACAUUGCCGUGGUCUUCCGGAGGGACGCAUGGGAGAGCAAGGCAGACUUCUCGCAGGCCGACGUGCACCGGCAGAUAGCCAUCGUCUUCAAGACACCCCCGUACCAGCACCUGGACAUCCUGGAGCCGGUGGAGGUGGAGGUGUAUCUGCAGCGCCUGACAGACAGCGUCUGCAGCGAGCCCUUCCACUUCACCUACCUGCCCAAGGACCAUGACGCAUAUGGGGUGCACGUAAAGAGGAAGCGGGGGAUGCCCGACGUCCUGGAGGAGCUCUCAGCCUCAGACCCCCACGGGAUUGAAGCCAAGAAGAGGAAGAAGAAGCCAGGUUACAUGGACCAUUUCCUUGCGCCCCAGGCAGCAGAGGAAGGCUUUGCCCUCCACCCCAGCCUGGAGCACAUCACGGUGCCUGAGCCCUUCGAUUUCUGCCUGGGCCCGGAUUAUGCCUCCUACAGCUGCCUGAACCAGAGGGACAUGCUGCCCACUGCCUGCUCUCCCAUGGAGCUGCCAGGCUGCCUUGGCGCAGAGUUCCUCUUGGACACCUACAGCUCCGCGCAGAGCAACGCUGUCCCAUUCCUGGCACCUGGGGACAGCUCCACGGGCGACAUUGAGGGUACGGCCAGUCUGGUUGGAAGUAACAUGUUCCCCAGUCAGUACAAGGAAGCCUACGAGCGGGCAUAGCUGUACACGAGGUUGGGAGACGUGUGAGGAGCAGAAGAGCCUCGUUUCAGACCUGCCCUGGCAGGGAGCCCCUUGUUCUGGCUGGGCAGGGCCUGGAGAUGGGAGGACUGGGCCACCUGGUUGUUGGCAGAGCUUCCCGGGCCUCCCGGCAGCGAGCACAGACGAGACUGUCACUGCAGGGCCUACCUCCAGAAGACCAGCUGAGACUAAGGGGUGUGGAGAGAGAAUGACAGCACUCCCCUCCCCUAAGACUGUGGGCCGUGAGGAGUGUGGCUGCCUGGGAAUGUUCCACCUGGAACUGGAGGGGUUCCAUGUCCCAGCCUCCUUGCUGUCAGCAUAUUCACUCUGCAGUUCCCCUUCCUGAACUCCCUCCAGGGCUCAGGAGCUGGCUCGUUGGGGCAGGGCCUGGCCACAGGGGCUCUGCAGGGGCACUGUGCCCAGGGUUUGACUGCAUAGGCUGCUGCAGGGGGUUCACGCUUUGCACUAUAUUUAUAGGGGUUAGUUGUAGACACCACUUCCCUGCCAUAAAUGAGGCCAACUCAGGGCAAAGGGGGGGGGGGCGGGACAAAUAGGGCGGCCACACAAUCACUGUCUGGCCCCAAAUCCUGGCCCAUCAGGGCUGAAGAAAUUUAAGGUCUGCUCCUCUUCCUGUUGUAGCCAAUGGCCAGGCUACCCUGGCCGGAGCGAGGACAGCUGGGCCAUUGGCUUUGCUAUUGAUAAGGGGAUGGUUCCAAUAUCUUCCUGAAGGCCAUGUCUUGUGCAGGCUGGGUGCCCUCUCCGCAGCUGUCCCUGCAGCUGCUGACCUGAGGAGAGUGGGAUUAGAGCACAGCCUCACACCUGGCAGUGCUGAGAUGCCAGCUGGAAUGGAGCUGCUGGGGAACCAGGACCCAGGACUCCUGGGGUCUCUCCCCGGCUCCACCACUGACUCAUUCUGUGGCUCUGGGUAGGUCACUCACCUCUCUGUGCCUGUUUCCCAAGUUGUAAAAUGAGGGUGCGUUGUGAUGGAUGGUAAUAAAAACAAUACAAAUAC